AUGUCGGAGCCAGUACAGCAAUAUCCCGAAAUCGGUGAUGUGAAGAAAUUCCUCGAAGAUUGCCUCGAGGACAUACACUCAAAGCUUGUCGAAACUGGCAACAUGGACACUCCCUUGGGCAAAGCUUUCGCCUGCAUAUUCGAAAAUCCGGCCACCGUGUAUGAGGUAGAUGAGAAAAGCCCAGCAUCUAACAUCUCGACCCAGUCUCAAGCCCAAGAGCUCUACGCCGUUUCGCGAGAGGGAGCCGAGAAUUUCCAACCGCUUCCUGUCAAUGGCGCCAAGCCAUGGAAGUAUCUCCAGAAGAUAGACUUAGCACCUCUUGGUUCGUGGACUCUACGUCGACAGCUCCUGGACGCUCUGAUGCGACGUAAAUAUUGCGCUCACGAUAUUUCCGCUGGCGCAGAUGCUUUCGGAGUUGGCUAG